AUGGAAUCCGACAUCCAAGCAAUCGCCAACUGCAUCAAAAAUGGAAAAGCCACCCGAAUCGUCGUGUUGACGGGCGCCGGUAUUAGCACUGGCGCUGGGAUACCGGACUUCCGAUCUCCAGACACAGGCCUGUAUGAUAAACUCGCUCCUCUCAGGCUGCCACACCCAGAAGCAGUCUUCCACAUCAACUACUUUUCCCACACGCCCGAGCCAUUUUACGCGAUUGCUCGGGCACGGCACCCGGGAAACCUCAAACCAACACUCACCCAUGCAUUCCUGGCAUUGCUGGCGAAGAAGAACCUGCUCCAUUUUCUCUUCACUCAGAACAUUGACGGACUCGAGCAAGAUGCUGGGGUACCCAAGGAAAAACUUCUCUAUACUCAUGGAAACUGGAAGAGCCAGCACUGCUAUAAGUGCAAGUCGCACUAUCCCGAUGAUCUCAUGAACAAGGCUAUUCGGGCGGGCGAGGUGCCUUAUUGUCUUGAGAAUGGGUGCGGGGGUGCGAUAAAGCCGGAUAUUGUUUUCUUUGGGCAGCCGUUGCCGGCUGAGUUUGAAGAAAAGGAGAAAGAGGUUCUCGAGGCGGACUUGAUGCUUGUCAUGGGGACUAGCUUGAGGGUGGCACCUUGCUCUAGACUCCCGCGUCUGGUAAACCGGGGUGUCCCUCGGGUUCUGAUCAACAAUGAAAGGGCAGGCGAUCUUGGUAACCGAGAUGAGGAUGUGUGCCUCUUGGGAACUUGCGAUGAUGUUGUUCGUCGACUGGCUGGUGCUGUUGGAUGGGCGGAUGAGUUGGAGGAUCUCUGGCAAGAAUCGAUCGCUGCCAAAGAUGGUACGGACAUAUUUGGGGAUGGCCCGAGUUUGGACGAGUGCAUUGAGAAACUCGCCGGUAGCAUGAAGGAGAAACUGAAGGUGUCAAACGGGCAUAAACGGAUGUUGGAGCAACAUCUGAACGACAAAUUUGGACAGAUGAUGGCGAACAGACCUGCGUGUCCCUAG